CACUGGCUAUCUGAUCGCCGCUUUUCCUUUUCUUGACCCCCACGUCCAUAUCUACGCGUUCUUGCGCAGACCACUUUUCAUUCUGGCUGCUCUAGAUCUCCUGUUGUCCGGGUGCUACCGGAUAUUCCCCUGUGAUUACAUUCGUCUUAUCUUUAUUCGUUAGUCUGGGCUAGUUGGCUUAUCGAAUCAUGGAUCCUUCUCGCCCCAACUCCCCGUCUCCCGUUCAGUCUGCCAGCGAGCUGUACGAUCACCGCAACCAGCCCGAUUCGUUGCCUGUGCGCGGUGCCUCCUUCUCUGGCAGCACUACCUCCGACGGUCUACCUUCUGCGCCUAUCUUUGCCACGACCGGAACCUCUGGAUCUGGUGGUCGUACUGUGCGAUCUCGGAUCAACUCCUUCUCUGCUGAAUCGGCUAUCCUCGAUAACGACUACGAUGCCGAGGCUGAAGACGAGGGGCCAGCCCCUCUGAGACGCAGGCUGUCCUCUCUCCGUGCUGCUCCCGUCAUCGUCGAUGCCAACGGACCAGCUGCUCGAGUUGAGGAAUCUAACCGGUUCGAUUUCUCUUCUCCGGCUGGUUUGCAUCGUCACCAGUCCAACAUCUCGGUCAACGCCUCUGGUGGCGCCGGCCGUACGCGACGCCAGCGUCGUACGUCAAACGAGUACGUCAACACUCGUCGACCUACUUUUGCUCUUGAUACUCCGACAGGAAACGAGGCUCAUCUCGCUAGUCCUACGGCCCCUCAUCGCCCGUCGGUGGACAGCACAAAGAGCAUUCCUCGCGAGAAGGAGGCGCAGACCGGUGGCGCUGCUGCUGCAGCUGCUGCAGGUUCGAUCUGCAGCUCGGAUUCAGAGGCCCGCUCGCGCGUGAAUUCUGAGGACGAGACGGAGGAGGAUGUUUGUUUCCCGAUGCAGCUGGAGCACCAGCGGAUCAACGGUAUUGAUUUCGAUGAGAUCGAAGAGUUCGCGGCCAGCCAGAGACUUGAGCAGUGGUUCCCGUCGCUCAAGCGCCAUGCUGAUAACGACCUCGGUGUUGUUGGUCGCCGGAUGACUUUCUCUGAUGGUGGACGGCCGGCUAAUACCGAAAUGUUGGGCGCUGCCGGAGAUAUCCAUCGUGGCGCGGGCGUCGCGUCGUCUUCGUCGACCACGGCUGUGCUCUCUUCUGGAUCCACUUCUUCGGAUGAGAAAGGUGGAUUUGUGGCGGAGCAAGUCGAGAUCCUCAAGAGUCGCACGUUGCCUCCUGAGGUGGCUGCGCAGCUUGCGAAUGCCGAAGAUCGCUUCAGUCUGUUUUGCUCCGAGUCUGAGGAGACUAUUCAUGCUCCUGAAGUUUGUCUUUUGACUGCGCCGGAGCAGACGUUUGCCGACUUGUUUGAUCGCCGCAAUGGAACAUGGUGGCUUGACUGCCUUGAUCCUACAGACGCCGAGAUGAAGAUGCUUGCGAAAACGUUUGGAAUCCAUCCGUUGACUACUGAGGAUAUCAGAGUGCAGGAGACCAGAGAGAAGGUAGAACUGUUCAAGUCCUACUACUUUGUCUGUUUCCGCACGUUUGAGCAUGAGAAGCACAGCGAGGAAUUCCUCGAGCCGCUCAACAUGUACAUGAUUGUCUUCCGCGAUGGAAUCCUGUCGUUCCAUUUCUCGCCGUUCGACCACACUGCGAACGUGAGACGCCGCAUCCGUCAACUGCGUGACUACGUCACCGUCUCUGCGGACUGGAUCUGCUAUGCGUUGAUCGAUGACAUCACUGACGGCUUUGCGCCUGUGAUUCACGAGAUCGAGCAAGAGGCCGACGGGAUCGAGGACGCCGUGUUUGUCGCGCGCGAGUCUGACUUUGGAAACAUGCUGAAGCGGAUUGGCGAGGCGAGAAAGAAGGUCAUGACAUUGAUGCGUUUGCUUUCGGGUAAGGCAGACGUCAUCAAGAUGUUUGCCAAGCGCUGCAACGAGCAGUGGGACGUCGCACCCAAGGGCGAGAUCGGUCUUUACUUGGGCGAUAUCCAGGACCAUAUCGUGACUAUGUACCAGAACUUGUCUGCGUACGAAAAGAUUCUGUCUCGGUCGCAUGCGAAUUACCUCGCGCAGCUGCAGGUGGAGUCCUUCCAUGCCAACAACCGCGUCACAAACAUGCUGUCCAAAGUCACCUUGCUCGGAACGAUUCUCGUUCCGCUCAACUUGAUCACCGGUCUGUUUGGCAUGAACGUCCAUGUUCCGGGCGAAGGCGCAGAUACCUUUGGCUGGUUCUUUGGAAUCGUCGGUGUUAUCGCCUGCAUUGUCUGCGUGGCUUUCUUCAUGGCCAGAAGAUGGCUGGGAUUAAUGAGCGACAGCAACGAGAUCCCGCAGGCUGAAGUCGAGCGUAGGUUGAUCAAUAGUGUGGCUUGAGAGAGUGUUGUCUGUUAUUAUUAGAAGGGGACGACGUGCUAAAAUAAUUGUUAUUGUGGAUGGAGAAAAAAAGGGUGUAAGAUGCGAUUCUAUUUCUUAAUGCGUGUAUUUUUUCCUUCAUUCUGUCUUGUUUUCUUUCUCCUUCUUUUUGGGUUUAUUGUUCUUUCUCAUUUUCAUGUGACGUAAUUCUUUCUAUUCGUUUAUUGUUUUCUUUUGUUUCGAGUGAAUUUAUUAAUUGGUUUCUUCUGAGCGAAACUAUGCUGUCUGUGUAUUUUAUUGAGGGUUUUCUGUUUUUUUUCUUAAUUGAAGUGAUCUAAUUCUUUUAACAUCUUUUCUCCUACUUUCUUUACA